AUGUCGCCGGAAGAGAAAGAGCGCGGAAAUCACGACUCCUCCGCCGAGACUCCUCCGCCGAUUCAAGCACCAUGGGCGCGGCUGACCGAAUCCCUCGAGCCUAACCCUACGCAGUCCCAGCCCGCGGAUGAACUCGACACGGAAAUCAGCGAGGCCCAGGCGCAGCUCGCAAACCUCAUACAGCAGCGACGGCUCAUUGAGCUCCAGCAGCAGGUCUCUGAUGAGCAGGUAGCGCUUGAGGUGGCCCGGAAACGGCUCGCGGCCACCUCCAGCAAAGAUCGCUCGCCCACUGUCAGUCCUGCUGUGAACGACUCCGUCAAUAGACAAGACAGGGUACUUGUUACGCCGAUGCAAAACGGGUAUAGCAAAGCUGGUAUUAUCCAAGCUCCAAACACUGCUCUUAUUGCACCAUCUGAGCAGACUGUCAGUCCCGAUCUCCGUACGCCCCAGCCUAAUCCUUCACCCGUUGAACCUGAGAAUACCGCCUUGAGUGGCCCCACGAAUCCAAAUUUGAAAAUAUUAGGGGAAUCUGCUACAGCUAAAAAAUCGGCCCCCGCCAAUUCAAACAACCAAACUUUACCAGUCCCGAACAUACCAGUGUACCAUGGGCACUCUCUCGGGGAAUUCAAAAAUUACGCCAGGCGCCUGGAACAUCACUUUGACAGAUAUUCAAGCUGGUACAUUACCGACGAGCGCAAAGUCACCCGGACCCUAAAACACGUUGCCUUUGAUCUACAGAAUGAGUGGAAGCGACAGAUACGCAACAUGCCCAGUGAGCAGGUUACAUUUGGUAGUCUUUGCACUUUUCUUAUUUACCAGCUCCAAAAUGGAGUCUAUCCGGAGGUGGCCGAGGCGCGCUACAUGGAUAGCUACCAACGCCCAUUCCAGUCUGUUACUGAUUUCUCCAAUUGGAUACAGCAGUGGGAGCCACAUUUCCACAAUAAUUUGUCAGAGUGUGACCGCAUGCGCCAUCUUUUCGAGCAUCUGUCGAAUAAGGUCCGCGAAGAGGCUGACAAAAUCUACCUGGACUUCACCCAUUAUUAUGAUUUCGUCGUCUACCUGCAAAGGAUCGAGGACUCUAUUGAUAAACGUGCCGGACCACUGCGCAAGAAGUUUAGCAACCCCAGGAAGCGGCCUCACACCGGCAACUGA